UUGCACUGAUGGCUUGAGCCCGCCAUCGAUGCUUGCAGCUAUAUUCUCAUUUUACAAUUACAUUAACUUUGCAAUUCAUCCCUUUGUGCCACCUGGCGGUAGUUUCGUGAAUGGUUUUAACAUGCGACUGACUUGCAGUUAACGCCGUGGCCCUGUACACAUAGCGGUAUUACCCAUUCUGGUUGUCUACCUACUGUAUAUAUGUAUAUAAAUGUAUAUAUGUAUAUAAAAUAUAUACAUAUAUUAAUUUUACUAGGGUUGUGAUGGUGGUAAAUUGGUACAAAUCUGCCAGCGUCGCAUCCCUAGUAAAAUUUAUAUGUCUUGUUUUAUACAGCUCAAAAACCCUUGGGUCAAAUUGAUCCAAAAUGAUGUUUAAAAAAUUUCACCCAGUUAAAUUAGCAAAAUUACCAAAAAUAAGUCAUUUUACCUUUAUUUCAGAGUUCAUUGAAGAAAAAGAGGAAAAUGAAGAAUCAAGUCCUCAAGAGAAUCAGAACGCAUGUGAUCAAUGCGAUAAAAUGUUUUUAUGGGAUUCACUUCUGAAGAAACACUUGAAAGUUCAUGCAAAGAAGAAACCACAUUCAUGUCAUUUGUGUGGUAAGAGUUUUUUGCAUGUACAAAGUUUAAAAGAACAUCAGAAAAUACAUACUGAUGUGAGAGAGUACGUGUGCUUUGAGUCUGAAAAGACUUUUAGUUCAGUGAGCAGUUUAAAACUACACGAGAGGAUUCACAUUGGAGAGAAACUUUAUAAGUGUUUACACUGUGACAAGAGAUUCAAUCAUUCAGGAAAUCUGAAAACACAUGAGAGGAUUCACACUGGAGAGAAACCUUACAAGUGUUCACGCUGUGACAAGAGAUUCAAUGUGUCAUCAAAUCUGAAAACACAUGAGAUGAUCCACACUGGAGAGAAACCUUACAAGUGUUCACGCUGUGACAAGAGAUUCAGUCGUUCACUAAAUCUCAAAAAACAUGAGAGGAUCCACACUGGAGAGAAACCUUACAAGUGUUCACACUGUGACGAGAGAUUCAUUCGUCGAGCAGAUAGGAAAACGCAUGAGAUGAUGCACACUGGAGAGAAACCUUAUAAGUGUUCACGCUGUGACAAGAGAUUCAAUGUGUCAUCAAAUCUGAAAACACAUGAGAGGAUCCACACUGGAGAGAAACCUUACAAGUGUUCACACUGUGACAAGAGAUUCAGUCGUUCACUAAAUCUCAAAAAACAUGAGAGGAUCCACACUGGAGAGAAACCUUACAAGUGUUCACACUGUGACGAGAGAUUCAUUCGUCGAGCAGAUAGGAAAACGCAUGAGAUGAUGCACACUGGAGAGAAACCUUAUAAGUGUUCACACUGUAACAAGAGAUUCAUUCAUCGAGCAUAUCGGAAAACGCAUGAGAUGAUCCACACUGGAGAGAAACCUUAUAAGUGUUCACACUGUGACAAGAGAUUCAGUAAUUCAUCAACUCUGAAAACACAUGAGAGGAUUCACACUGGAGAGAAACCUUACAAGUGUUCACACUGUGACAAGAGAUUCAGUGUGUCAUCAAAUUUGAUAACACAUGAGAGGAUCCACACUGGAGAGAAACCUUACAAGUGUUCACACUGUGACAAGAGAUUCAGUGUGUCAUCAAGUCUGAUAACACAUGAGAGGAUUCACACUGGAGAGAAACCUUACAAGUGUUCACACUGUGACAAGAGAUUCAGUCAGUCAAUAGAGCUGAAAACACAUGAGAUGAUUCACACUGGAGAGAAACCUUAUGAGUGUUCACACUGUGACAAGAGAUUCAGUGUGUCAUCAAAUCUGAAAACACAUGAGAGGAUCCACACUGGAGAGAAACCUUACAAGUGUUCACACUGUGACAAGAGAUUUAGUGUGUCAUCAAAUCUGAUAACACAUGAGAGGAUUCACACUGGAGAGAAACCUUACAAGUGUUCACAAUGUGACAAGAGAUUCAGUGUGUCAUCAAGUCUGAAAAAACAUGAGAGGAUCCACACUGGAGAGAAACCUUACAAGUGUUCACACUGUGACAGGAGUUUCAGUCGUUCAGAAAUUCUCAAAACACAUGAGAGGAUUCACACUGGAGAGAAAUCUUACUAGUGUUCACAAUGUAACGAGAUUCAGUGGUGCAUCAAGUCUGAAAAGACAUGAGAGGAUUCACCCUGGAGAGAAAGGACGUCAACGCAAUGUACGUGGGAAGUGUUCCUUUAUGUCAUCUGUUAUACACAGUCAAACAAAAAACAA